AUUGUGAACUUCAAAUUAAAUCAAAACAAACAAUUUUCAAUUUAAAAUGGAAUUUUUAUUAUAAAAAUAAUAUUGUAGUAUUUUUCAUGUUAUGUCAACAUUGACGCAGUUAGUUAUCCACUACGGCAGAUUGUGAAAAUACCACGUAACAAAAUAUAUCUAUUUUACAACACUUGGUUGUAUAGUUACAUCAUGUGGAGACGAAACUUUGUUUAUUUACAGAAAAAUGUGUCCAACAUUUUUUCGGCGUCAAAAAUAAGCAAUUCAAGAUGUAAUUGUGUUCAUAAAUUGAUUACAGUGGGCUACUAUCAUAGUUUUAAAAGACCGCAAAACAUAACCUCUAAAGCGAACUUUCAAUAUUUACAUGACGUGAAACUGGUUGAUAAUGUAGAUACAGAUAGUAAUACUUUCACAUAUAGAACUCAUACAUGUGGAGAAUUAAGAUCCAAACAUUCAGGACAGAAAGUCACACUUUGUGGAUGGGUACAGUUUCAAAGAUUAUCCAAGUUUUUGCUGUUACGGGAUGCAUAUGGAUUAACACAAUGCAUUGUAAGUGAAGGUCAAGAUUUACCCGACAUACCCUUAGAAACCGUAGUAAGAAUUAAAGGAACAGUAGUCCAACGGCCCAAAAAUAUGAUUAACCCUACUAUGAGUACUGGUGAAGUGGAAGUGAUUAUAAAGGAUUGUAAAAUAUUGAAUAAUGUUAAUAAGUUGCCAUUCAAUUUGAGAGAUUAUCAGAAGCCAAAGGAACAGUUACGAUUACAGUAUCGGUAUGUUGAUUUGAGAUUUCCAGAAAUGCAGAGCAAUUUGAGAUUUAGAUCGAAUAUGCUUCAUAACAUGAGAAAGUUUUUGAUCGAGAAGUAUGGAUUUGUAGAAGUUGAAACACCAACAUUGUUUUGUCGAACACCAGGUGGCGCUAGAGAGUUUGUCGUACCAACUCACCAUAAAGACUUAUUUUACUCUCUUGUUCAAAGUCCACAGCAGUUCAAACAAAUGCUUAUGGCUGGAGGUGUGGACAGAUAUUUCCAAGUGGCCAGGUGUUAUCGAGAUGAAACCACACGUCCAGACAGACAGCCUGAAUUUACACAAUUAGAUAUAGAGUUAUCAUUCACCAAUUUAGAUGGAGUUUUGACAUUGAUUGAGCAAUUAUUGUAUGAAACUUAUUUACAAAAUCUUCCUAAACCACCUUUUGAAAGGCUGACUUAUAAAGAAGCAAUGGAAAGUUAUGGUACAGACAAACCUGAUCUAACUUAUGACCUAGUUUUUAAGAACUUGACAACACUAUUUAAACAGAAAUCAAAAGAUUUAAAUUUUGGAGCAUAUGCAUUGCCAUACCCUAGCGAACUAGGUAAAUUAACAGCAAAAUCUAAAGAGAAAAUCAGAGAGCUUGUUAAAAAAUAUAAAAACAAAGUGAUUUUACAUGAAAAUAUACCAAAAGAACUAGGUGAAGACUUGGCAGAGAGAAUAAAACACGAAAUUGGUUCAAAUUCGUGCAUAAUAUCAAUGGGUGAAAGUGGAAAUUCUUGUUCAUGUUUAGGAGAAAUUCGAGAGCUGAUUGCCUCACUGUUGAAAUCUAAAAAUCUGUUAGUGACAAAUGAGGUUAUAAAGCCUUUAUGGGUCGUGGAUUUUCCAUUAUUUGUUAAAGGAGAAAAUGGUUUGGAGACUUGUCAUCAUCCAUUUACAGCUCCACAUCCGGACGAUCUAGAUUUAUUACACACUGAACCUGAAAAAGUGAGAUCUCUAGCUUAUGAUUUAGUUAUAAACGGCAAUGAAGUUGGCGGUGGAUCGGUGAGGGUACACAAUGCGGUUUUACAGGAAGAAUUGUUAAAAAUAUUGAAUAUUGAUUCUGAAAAAUUAUCGCACUUCAUGGAUGCAUUGAAAUCUGGAUGUCCGCCUCAUGCGGGUAUUGCUCUUGGUAUUGAUAGGUUAGUUAGUUUAGCAUGUAAUGCAGAAUCUAUACGAGAUGUAAUCGCCUUUCCGAAGAGUCAUGAUGGUAAAGAUCCCUUAUCAGGAGCACCUAACACUAUUUCUUUAGAUGAUAAGAAGUAUUAUCAUAUUGUUUAGGAAUUAAUGGCCAGAUGACCAUGGUUUGAGUUUAUUCAUGGCUACUGGGUUUGUCUACUCCGUAAGGGAUAAGGACGUGAUAUAAUUACAUAUGUAAGUCUGUUAUUAUUUGUGAAGAUUAUAUUGUUCCUUAAAGUGAUUUUGUUUUUUUAAUUGAUCACCUAUUAGAUUAUAUUCACCAUUGCCGACUCUGAAGGUAGGCUUUACUUU